CUUCGAGCGCAGAUCAGCUCUUGUCUGUGGGUGAGCACUGCCUGGCCGGGCGAGGGAUGCUCCGUGCAGCUCUGUCCCUCUAGGCACGCACGGGAGAGCCCAAGAUCUCCACUGGUUCCGGGUGCUGAGGCGACCGAGCGGCACCUUCCUCCAAAAUGAUGGAAAACAAAGUGUUUCUGUCAUUUACGUUCUACAGCACAAUUUUGAUUUUAAAAAUGUAUGUCGUUGCCAUCAUUACGGGACAAGUGAGGCUCAGAAAGAAGGCGUUUGCAAACCCGGAGGACGCGCUGCGCAACGGGGGGCUGCAGUUCUGCCGCCAGGACCCCGACGUGGAGCGGUGCCGCAGGGCCCACCGCAAUGACAUGGAGAACAUCUUUCCCUUCCUCUUCCUCGGAGCCGUCUACUCCCUGCUGGACCCCAGUCCCACGGUGGCCAGGAUCCACUUCCUCAUCUUCUGCGUGGGGCGCAUCGUGCACACCAUCGCCUACCUGCUGCGGCUGAAGGCGCCCACGCGCUCCGUGGCCUACGGCGUGGCACAGCUGCCCUGCUUCUCCAUGGCCCUGCAGAUCCUCCUCGCCGCCGCCCCGCACUGGUAACGCCCGCAGAGACCGACCAUCCAUCCCAACCCCCUCGUCCCGCGCUCCGAGGGCUCCCUGGCAGGACUGGGUGCUGUGUGUGCGAGUGUGAACGUGUGUGUGUGUGAAUGUGAACGUGUGUGUGUGUUAUUGUGAACGUGUGUGUGUGUUAUUGUGAACGUGUGUGUGUGUGUGGGCACGCGGCGUGAUGCCAGGGAGGUCACCUGCAGCCUUGACAAGCUCCCUGUGCUGUUGAAAUUCGGCAGGGAAGUCACUGGAGAGAAGGGACACAUCUCCCUGUGGAGCAGGAAGGGGAUGCGGAGCCAAGUUUCUCUCGCUCCUGCUGAGGGCAGGACGGGGAAAGCACAUGAAUUACCCCUUAAAGAGUGGGUUCAUUGAGGGAAAGGAGGUUUUCUGACUCAACUGUGUUGAACUGGGAAGGUGAUGAUGUGCCUUUUCCCCUGGUCACAAAUAUCCCAUGAAUCAGGAAGGGGAAAUCAUGAGGGUCCCACAAAGUCUCUUGGUCAGCAGAGGUAGAAGAGGGGGUUAUAAGACAGCUGCCCUCCUCUUGCCCAGCUGUGUGGGUCUGUGGGGACAGAGUUCCCUUAGGUUCUCUCUCCCACAAGGAGAACAGGAGGCAGGUGCCUGCCAGGCAGAGUAAUGUGGAAGUCAAAACCUCAGGGGUGAUUUUGUGAAGACAUCGGAGUGUUCAGUGCUCCCAGAACCACCUCAUGGCACGCUAUGGGACACAGCUCCCUGCCAGGAGCCUCACUGCAGGCAGGAUGCUGCCUGUCCCUCAGCCAGCCUUCAGCAGCUCCCAGCCAGCAACACCCGUGGCUUUUCCAUCUCAGUCUCAUCCCAGUAAGAUGCAGAGCGUCGUGCCUGGGGCAGCCAGCAGGAACCACUUACCCUGCGGAGAACCGGACACAAAUCUCUGGGACUUCUGGAAAGACUAAAAUGCUCUCAAAAAACAAGGAGUUUGCAGACAGAGCUUUCUCCCGAGGGUGAGAGGGUGGUAUCUGUGUCCUCAUGCCACUAAUGCCUGACUGUGCUCCCAAGGGCAGCAGACUGACUUUCUCCCCCUCUGUUUGUAGCCCUUCUCUGGCUGCAGAAUGGCCGCUGCUAUUUGGGGAAUGUGCCGUGACUGCUUCGGGGGUGUUUUCUUUCAGCUGUUUCCUGCUGUCCAGUGCUGCCACACCGUGUGCAGCCUGGACCAGCUGGCGUUUGCAGAAAGCUCUGGAAGCGAGCAAAGUGGCUUUGAAGGGAGUAAUCACUGCUCUGCAGCGUCACCUGAAAGUGUCGUGUUGGAGAGGAGAGACUGAGACCGGGGUGACAAACCCUCGUGAGCUCCUCUGCCACUCAACUGCCCCCAGCUGUGGGGCUGCAACAGUGGAGCACCCCUGUGGAGGACAAGGCAGGAGGAAACCUCCAGUCUCCAGUGCCUCUCCUCCCUCUGAGGGCAACACAGAGCUUUGCUAACACCACAGGAGAAACCAGAAUAAGCAGAAAAUAAAUUCCCCUCCCACCUGCCCUACUCAUUAGGGCUGCUCCCUUAACUCUGCUGUCCUCAGAGAUGCUCUUGCUGAGACCCCACGGAGCGUUGGUGACACACACCUGCUCAGACUGAUGCUCAGCCCCUGCACAGCUCAGGUAGAAACUUCUGGUAAUUCCUGCCCCCAGCACAGAGGCCAAGCUGUGUGGUGAGGUUUGCAGUGGAAUGCUCUGCUCUCCCACCACAUGAGGAAGGUGGGCAGGUUCAGCAGUUUGCUCUUGGUCUCCCUCACAGCCUCAGCAGAUGUCUGGGUAACACAGAGCCCGCUUGACAAGCCUUUUCUGCCUCACAUGGUGCACAAGGUCUCGAACCCCUGCACAUUUCUCUGCUGCUGCACAUGCAUCCUGGUGGCAGGAAGCAAAUAUUCCCAAUAAAAACAAAUCAUUGUGCUCUGAUA